AGUGUAAUGGUCAGAUUGGUCAUUUGCCCUUCUCUGUUCCAAAAGCCACAGAGCCAAAGUACUCCUCCUGAUCCUCUGCUAUUAUUACUUCAUACUUCUCGAUGGAUGAGAGUAAAACAGUUCACAUAGCUGUAGUUCCCAGCGCAGGCUUCAGCCACCUGAUCCCAAUCCUCGAGUUCUCCAAGCGCUUAGUGAACCUCCACCCUCACUUGCAUGUCACAUGCAUAAUCCCCACACAUGGUCCACCCCCAAGUGCCUCAAAAUCCAUCCUUGAAACCCUUCCCUCCCAAAACAUCACCUCCACUUUCCUCCCCCCAGUUGACCUGCCUCAAGACCUUGACACAGUUUCCCAAAUCCAACUCACAGUCACCCUCUCCCUCCCUCUCAUCCACCAAACCCUCAAGUCCCUCUCUUCCACCACACCCUCUCUUGUGGCACUUGUGGUUGACACUUUUGCUGCUGAGGUACUUGACUUUGCCAAAGAGUUCAACCUCUUGGCCUAUGUGUACUUCCCCUUGGCAGCCACCACUGUUUCCUUGCACUUCCACAUGCUCAAGUUGGAUGAGGAGACAUCAUGUGAGUAUAGGGACUUGGAUGGCCCUAUUGAGAUGAAAGGGUGCGUGCCUUUCCAUGGUAAGGAUCUUUACUCCCCAGCUCAAGAUAGGUCUAGCAGGGCUUAUAAAAUGAUGCUGCAAAGGAUAAAAAGGUUCUUUUUUGUUGAUGGGGUUUUUGUGAAUAGCUUCUUGGAGAUGGAGAGUGGUGUCAUAAGGGCAUUGGAGAAAGGUGGGAGGUGGAAAUACAAGUACCCUCCUGUGUAUGCUGUUGGACCAAUUGUGCAAAGUGGGGUAGGGUUCGGCGGUGGUGGUGGUAGUAAUGGGUUGGAGUGUGUUGAAUGGUUGGAUAGACAGAAAGAUUGUUCUGUUUUGUUUGUUUGUUUUGGGAGUGGGGGGACAUUGUCACAGGAACAGAUGGAUGAGUUGGCUUUGGGUUUGGAAUUGAGUGGUCAUAGGUUUUUGUGGGUAUUGAGGCCACCAAGUAGUGUGGCUAAUGCUGCUUAUCUUGGUGGUGCUAAUGAUGAUGGUGUUGACCCUUUGAAGUUUUUGCCAUCUGGGUUCUUGGAGAGGACCAAGGGGCAGGGCUUGGUUGUGCCUUUGUGGGCACCCCAGGUUCAGGUGCUUGGUCACAGGUCAGUUGGGGGGUUCUUGAGUCACUGUGGGUGGAAUUCGACGCUCGAGAGUGUGCUGCAGGGUGUGCCUCUGAUCGCGUGGCCCCUGUUUGCAGAGCAGAGGAUGAACGCAAUUCUGCUUUGUGAGGGGCUCAAAGUGGGACUGUGGCCUAGAGUGAAUGAAAAUGGCUUGGUGGAAAGAGGGGAGAUCGCUAAGGUUAUAAAGUGUCUGAUGGGUGGGGAAGAAGGGGGCGAAUUGCGCCGAAGAAUGACGGAAUUGAAAGAGGCUGCCACUAAUGCAAUCAAAGAAAACGGGUCUUCUACGAAGGCCCUUGCUCAGGCAGUACUCAAGUGGAAAAAAUUGGCAUAGGAAAACAUGUUUUAUAGAAAGAUUUUGUCAGGAUCUUUGUUUUUGAAUUCUGCUUCGCAAUGAUUGUCAAUCCUCUUGUGAAACCUUGGCACAAGUGGGUAAUAAAUGUGAUUUUCUGAUCUAGAAUGUGGUCAUCAUGAGAAUUUGCAAUUUUAAGCUUAUACUUAAGCAUUCUUAUAUGGGAUUUUAUAGAGAGUUGGCUUGAGUUGGUCUUAUCUUCAAUAUGAGCAUCCAUUAUUGGAUUUGCAUACUAGUGUGUUUGGUGGGUUGCCUAUGAAUAUAUGAUUAAUUUUGCAUA